ACGUGCCAAGUACUUCGCCAGCAACAUGGGCCGCCAUCGCGAUCCGCUCUGGAAGUGGUUUGACGACACGCCGGUCAUGCGCCCGGGCAAGGUCACGGCCUGCGUGACCUGCAAGUUCUGCACCAACUACGUCUGCGCGGUCACAACGUCGCUCAAGCGCCACCUCGAGAUCUGCCGGAAGCGGGACCCGGCGCUCUUGCCGGACGAGCACCUCCCGCCGGUCGACAUGGCCCACAAGCGCCGCGUCGACGAUGCUGGCAAAGAAGAGGCCUUUGCGCAGCACAGCGCCAAGCGCACCAAGCAAGAGGAUACAAGCGCGCCGCAAGCGCCCUUGCAGCAGGCCAAGGCCGAGAAGCUCCUCACCCGCGCCGUCCUCAGCGCGUCCAUGGACCCGUCGGUCUUUCAGCAUCCGGCGUUCCUCGCCUUUUUCAAGGUCCUCGCACCCGACUUUGCUGUGCCCACGCCCAUGGACGUUCACGGACGACUCCUCGACGCCGAGUACAACACGGAGCUCGAUGGGAUCCGGUCGCAGCUCGCGUCCAGCGGCGCCGGCGUGCUCGCGCUGCCGCCCGGCGAGACGUUCCUCACGCUCUUCACGCCGUUUCCGUGCGCGAUUCCGAGCGCCGACGUCCUCACCAGCGAGUCCGCCGAGGCGGUCGCCGUGCACAUCAUCGCCGCCCGGCGCCACGCGCGCGCCAUGAUCGCGACGGCUGCGCCGGCGUUCCUCUCGCCCACCGACGGCAGCGACGGCAGCGACCUCUGGAACCUCACGUCCGCCCUGCCGUUCCUUGCCUUUUGCGCCGACGCCCGUCCGUCCAUGUCCCUCGUCCGGUCGCUCCUCGAGAAGGAAACCGCGCCGGAUGCGUUCGAGUUUACGUACGGUGACAUUGCAGCUGCGCUCCAUGCCGUCUGCCGCGACGUCUGCGCGCUGCCAGGGCCCAAGCAGCAGCUCAAGAAGGCCGUCGCACUCCUCCACUCGCUCCACGACCCGGCGCUCGCGUCUCUUUUCGAGACUACGUGCCAGCAUGUGCUACGCGACCAUGUGCCGCUGCCAGCGAUCUUCCGCCCCGCGUCGUUCGCGUCGAUUGUCGACAUGCUGACGGCGCUGGACCGGCUCCGGAGCGUCAUCACGGCACUUCCGGCUGCGAUCGCCAACAACGACGCGUCCAGUGUUCGCUUGGACCCGGCCAUGAUGGGCAUCAUCCACGACGUUAGCUUCUGGAAAGCGAGCAAAGCGCUCGUGGCCGUGCUCAGUCCGAUCCACGCCGCGAUUGCCUACCUCCAGAGCUCGGAAGCGACCUUCUCGGCCGUCUACGCAGUCUUUUUACAUGUGAAGAUGGCGUUUCUACAGACGCCGACGACCAUCUACGCGGCGUGCGGGCUCGUCUCGACGAUGCACCACGAGUACCCGCGCGCGUUGACCGACAUCCUCACGCACCACGUCGCGGUGGUCUACUCGCCCGUGCACGCGCUCGCCUUCCGCGUCGACCCAUUCUUUGACCAGCUGCGCGCGGUCGUCGUCGAGCGGUUUGGCGCGUCGAUGCUGGAUCUGAACGACGAGCUCUUGAGCGAGUGCCGGCGCGGCCUCACGCUGCUCUGCCGCAAGUCGCGGACGCUCGAGGCGAAGGCGCUCUCGCAGUUUUGCCUCUACUGCGCCCGGACCAACGCAAGCACCGAUGUGUUUGCGAUGACCAAAACGAUGUUGCCCAACUGCAUUUGGGGCCAAGCAACCGGGCAGUUCCCCGACUUGUCGCCGCUGCUUGUCAAUGUCUUUGCGUGCCCCGCGACCGCGUCCCGCCGCCACGUCCGUACCUCGACCUGCAGCGCGCCGGGCCAGAAAGAAAAGGUCGCGCUCUUGGCGUGGAACCAAGUCCACCGGCAAGAGAAGCAGCACGUGCUGUACCGGGACUCGGCGUUCGCCAAGGCGCUCGCGCGGGACCCGAACGCGCCACCGCUGCCGCCGACAGGUGCGUCCGACGACGGCAGCGACGACGACCCGUCGCGUCUAAGCGUCUUGCUCUCGUCGUUGACGGCGCUCCACCCCGAGAACAUUCCCGACACGUGGCUCUUUGGCGCCCAUGCCAACAAUGCAAUGCGCCAGCUCUCGGAAAUGGCUCAUGGGACGACGACGACCGUCUAAGAAUGGAUGUUGACGACAAUAUUACACUC